GUUGUCGAAAAAUUUAUUCGGAUAUUGAUAUCAAGGGAAUAGGCUUGCCUUGGAUAGAAAAUGUUCGUUACAUGACUAAUCAAGUACGCUCAUAUGCUGCUCACAUUCUGGUCGAUAAUUUCGAACAACUUUGCGAGGAUCAAGAAUUUCUGGAUUGUGUGGAUGGUGUAGGUUUCAGUUCAGAUAUUUUAGAGGACAUUAUGACUAUAGUGGUGGAAGAGGGUUUGACUGAACAAAAUUCUGCUCGUGUACUCAAAUCUAUCACUGGGAAGCUGUUAACGAGACCGGCAAUUAUGGAUGUGGAGUUCAUCGAGACAAAAAGAGUGUUGCUACAAGCAAAACAAAAUAUUUUCAACUAUAUAAAAAAGCGUUGGAUGGGUGUAAAACAGUCUGGUGGAUUUAGACUAUUAAGUCCCAUGCUUUUGGAUGAAUUCGAAAAAGAAUUGGGGAUUGAUCGUAAUGAACUACAAGAACCUUGUGGUCAAAAUCAGAAUCAGAAAAAAGUAAAGACGCCAAUUUCAACAAACGGACUUUCGAAGAAAGGAGUGGUGCCACCUAUAGUUAAAAGUGCGCCAACAGUUACUGCGACUCCAGUGAUUGUAACAACACCGCCACAACCAACAUCAGGGCCGGCUACCUCUUCUACGGAAGUAACGGCGAACUCGAAUGGAACUACGGGAACUGUAUCGACAAAAGGCAAAAGCGUACGUAUCGGUGGAGCUACCACUGCUCCGGUGUGGGACCGUCCGACUCGUGCCAGUGUUCUACGUCAAAAAGCAUUGGCCGAAUCCUCGGCAAAAAACCCGGUGAAAGCACGUACGAAGACAGCUUCUACUUCAAAGUCUUCUUCUGGGUCUUCAUCUAGUUUAUCGACACCGAAAGCCCCAAAAACAACCACUAACAAUAAAACUACAAAGACGGUACGGCCAUCACCAUCCAAUGCGAGUCUUCGAGUUCCUACGAAUGGUGCGGACUCGCCAAGAGGCCGCUCAUCCAAUAAGCAGACUCCUACCUCAUCUCGUCCAAGUUCAAUUUCUUCGACCAAAUCUGGGGCUUCUCCAUCUGUAUCUCCAUCACGCUUUAACGGUGUAAAACAAACUCGCGCCAGUAUGCUGCGGCAACUCAGAUAUGACGAUGCACAACAAAGGCGUGGCCGUGAUCGUGAACGUGAUAUUUCACCAAAAUCAUCACGAGCUAGUUCCAUCGCCUCGGCUUCAUCCAACAAUAGCCACACGACCACAUCAUCUCAUCACAGACGAAAGCG